AUACUGCAGCUGUAGCGUAGCUUCUACCAGCAGCAUCAUUCGCAUACCUCUGGGAGUGAACAGUGAACAUGGUGUAGUGAAGCAAUAUGACUGACACGGUGCUGGAGAUGGAUGCCAACAGAAGCAAAGAUGGCAUAACCAUUAACGAUGUAGCAAGCUGUAUCCUGGAUAAAGGAGGAGACGUACCACUUGAUCUUAAACAAGUUUUUCUCCUGCCUGCGUGGUACAAUGAGGAAAAGUUUAGAAGGGGACAGAAGUAUUUCUAUGACAACUACUUCUCACUGUUUGUGUCCAAGUUGAGUGGCUUGUUAGUUGUGUUGGCAGUCCCCAGUAUACUCAAGGUGCUUGUACUGACUGGACAGUCCUCUCAUCCUCUCUCAGCCUUUCGUCGCUACCUUGAUACUAUAUCCCACAUGCUGGAGUGGUACGAUGGCGACCUCACAAACCCUAACUCCAGAGCUAGCAAGUCCCUACUGGGUGUGAGAGGCCGCCAUUGCCAUGCAACAAGACGAGCAUCCAAGGCUGGAUAUGGUCAGAUAUCUCAGCGAGACAUGGCGCUCACUCAGUUCGGGUUUAUGGGUUUUGCCCUUUUAAGAUCAAAAGAACUUGGACUUUCAGGAUCAGAUGCAGAUCUUGAAGGUUUUGUGCACUUUUGGAGAACAAUCGGUUAUCUUCUUGGGAUCAAAGACAAGUACAAUUUAUGCCAAGGCGAUGUACAGACCACCAGACAGACUUGCCAGGCCAUGUUGGACAAAGUGUUUGUUGUCGGAUUAAAACAGAAUUCAACUGAUUUCCAGAUGAUGUCAAAAGCCCUGCUAGAGGGUAUGUGGGCUGUGAUACCGUUCAUCAACACAGAAGCUUUUUUUGGAUUUACAAAAAUGUUAUGUGGAGUUGAUGAUGUCCAGUUUACUAAUGUAUACAGCAAAACCCUUUUUAACUUACAAGUCUUUGUGCACAAUGCUAUUUUGAAUUCCUUUCUUGCGGCAAUUAUCAGGCCAAUUUUAAAUUUCAACAUGUGGCUUGCUUUAUUUAUAACCCAAAGAUUCCCAUACCUUGCAUUUUUAGCUUUUGGAAGAGAGAUUACUGCACCAGAACAGUACACUAUAAAAAGCUCAUUAGCAACUGAACAAUGUACCGGUACAUGAUUUCAUGUUCAACCAUUGCAUGACAAGAAUGUAAGCAGGAAACCAUGAUUUUAUAGGUUAAGUAAGACAUAGAUUAAAGGAGAAGAUGUCUACUCCUUUAAUCUAUGGUUAAUAAAAGCAAUUACAAUUAGAAUGAGAAUGUGUGUUGGAUGUGUGUUGUUCAACUAUUAAUUUUAUACCGGGUGAAUAAAAAGUCAAGACCCCCCCCUCUAAUAUUUUUCCAAGUAAAUAUACAGAGAUAUCCUUUUGGUGGUCGAGCAAUCUUAGCAGGAAGUUUCAUUUUAUCAUUUUGAAAUUUUUGAGUGUCCCCCCAAAAGGGGGGAUUUGGGGGGCAACUAAAAUAUUUUAAAAGUAAACCCCCUUCAAGUGACACCUCAUUUUGAAGUGUUUACAAAAACUUAAAGAAUGGUGAAAACUAGAGGUCACUAUCUCUUCUCUAUCCAAAAUGGUAGCCCGUCAAAAUGUUGUGGAAAAUCAAUGGUAAAAUUGUUAAUAUUGGUUGUCAUUUUGGUUAGAAUAGAGAAGACAUAGCGAGCUCUGGUUUUCACCAUUCUUUAAGUUUGUUUAAGCACUUCAAAAUGAGGUGUAACUUGAAGGGGAAUUACAUUUAAAAUUUUUGAGUGUCCCCCAAAAGGGGGAUUCGGGGGACAACUAAAAAUGUUUCAAUAGAAACCCCUAUCAAGUAACACCUUAUUUUGAAGUGCUUAAACAAACUUAAAGAAUGGUGAAAACCAGAGCUCGCUAUGUCUUCUCUAACCAAAAUGACAACCAAUAUUAACAAUUUUACCAUUGAUUUUCCACAACAUUUGACGGGCUACCAUUUUGGAUAGAGAAGAGAUAGUGACCUCUAGUUUUCACCAUUCUUUAAGUUUUUGUAAACACUUCAAAAUGAGGUGUCACUUGAAGGGGGUUUACAUUUAAAAUAUUUGAGUUGCCCCCCAAAUCCCCCCUUUUGGGGGGACACUCAAAGAUUUCAAAAUGAUAAAAUGAAACUUCCUGCUAAGAUUGCUCGACCACCAAAUGGAUAUCUCUGUAUAUUUACUUGGAAAAAUAUUAGAAGGGGGGGUCUUGACUUUUUAUUCACCCUGUAUGAUAAAAUAAUAGUCUUAAUGCUUCCUUCCUGUAAAAAGCAUGUAUGAUUGUUGUUUAUCACUGCUUAAGUGAAUACUCUACAAUAUUUCUGUUAUGAAAUAUUAACAGGAUACCUAUUAAACUAGUCAAUAGUGAUAAGGUGAAACCUCUUUAUAACUUGGAUAAUAACUUUGGAAUUGUAAUAAAAUAGUUACAAAUAUACAUAUACGUACAAA